AUGGCACCACCAAUUACACAACCAACAACCACAAAUUCAAAUUCAACUACAAAUGGUAGUACAAUACCAACAAAUCGUCUAGAACGUGAAGCAAAAAAACACGAUCGACGAUCGGAUAUUGUCUGUCGUGUUCGUUAUACAAAUGUUUUACCUGAUCUUCCAUUUGAUCCAAAAUUUCUUCGAUAUCCAUUUAAUCAAGACAGAUUUGUUCGUUACAAACCAACAUCUUUAGAGAAAAAUUACCGAUGGGAUUUACUUACUGAACAUGAUGUUGGUGUUGAAAUUGAUCUCAUUAAUCCAGAUGCAUAUGCGACAACUGGACAGAUUACAGAAGAUGAUGAAAAAUUAUUAGAAGAAGAAACAGCUAGUCCAGCUAAUCUUAAACGAUCAUUGUUAAAUAAACGAAGUGUACCAUGGUUACGUAAAACAGAAUAUAUUUCAACAGAACAAAGUUCACUUAAAUCAUCUAUAAAAUUGGGUGAAGUCAGAUUAAGUUCUGCUAAAGAAAAACUUCGUGAAGAAUCUCUCAGAUAUUUAACAAAAGAUCGUAUAUUACAAAUUAUUGAAGAAGGUUUUGAUACUGCUAAAACACCUCUUGAAAAACAUUAUACUAAACCAUCAGUAGUCAAAUUAGAAGAAUGGCCAUUAUUUCCUGAUUUCGAUAAUUGGAAAUAUCCAUUUGCACAAGUUAUAUUUGAUGAUGAUCCAUCACGUAAAGAUCCAACAUUAACAUCUCAAGAACAAGUAGAAGAAAUGUCCGAUGCAGUUAUCAAAGCAUUGGUUGAUCCUGAUAAUAAAGAAUAUAUUGGUUAUUUUCUUCCAACUGCUGAAACACGAGCUAAACGUGCACGUGAAGAACAAGAUGAUGCAGAUGAAUCUUAUGACUUUAAAUUAAUACGAGAAUAUAACUGGAAUCGAAAAGAUAAAACAAUGAGUGGUUUUGAAGAAAAUUAUUUUCUAAGUGUUAAAGAUGAUUCAAUUGUUUAUAAUGAACUUGAAACAAGAGUACGUUUAAGUAAACGUCGACCUGUUGGUGGUGGUGCAAAAACAGCCAAUCUUCGACUUAUUCAACGUUAUCGACCGUUUCUUGAUUUGGAAGAAAAAAAUCAGAGAAAACGAUUGAAAGCUCUUGAUAAUGAAGAAGAAUUAGAAGCUGUUAAUGAAGACGAAGAAGAAGCAGAAAAUGAAGAUGAAGCAGUUGAACAUGAAGAAGAAGAACAAGAAGGAGAGGUGGAAGAGGAAGAACAAGAAGAAAAUGAUAAUCAACAUGAACAAGAAGAAGAAAGAAACGAAGACGAAGAAGAAGAAGAAGAAGAGGAAGAAACUAAUGACUAA